AUGGCUCCGCGAACCGACUUCCCGCCCGUGCGGGCCUGCCUCUUCGACAUGGAUGGCCUGCUGCUCGACACCGAGGACCUCUACACCCUCUGCGUCAACCUGGUCCUCGACAAGUACGGCAAGGGUCCGCUGCCCUGGUCCAUCAAGGCCCGCCUGCAGGGCCGGCCCGGCCCGGCCGCCAACAAGAUCUUCCAGGACUGGGCUCAGCUGCCCCUCACCCACCAGGAGUACCUCGCCGAGCUGAGCGUGCUCCAGCAGAGGCUCUUCCCGACGACCAAGCCCCUGCCCGGAGUCCCCGAGCUGCUCGCGGACCUCGACGGCACGGGCAAGGGCGACGCCGGGCGCGUGCACGUGGCCCUCGCCACGAGCUCGCACGAGGGCAACUUCAGGAUCAAGACGAACCACCUCACGGACCUCUUCUCCGUGUUCCCCGAGGAGCGCCGCGUCCUGGGCGACGACACGCGCCUGCAGCACGGCCGCGGCAAGCCCCUGCCGGACAUCUUCCUCCUCGCGCUCAAGACCAUCAACGACACGCUGCCCGCCGGCGAGCGCCCCAUCGCGCCCGAGGAGUGCCUCGUCUUCGAGGACUCGGUGCCGGGCGUCGAGGCGGGCCGCCGCGCGGGCAUGCGCGUCAUAUGGUGCCCGCACCCGAUGCUCAAGAAGGAGGUCGCGGGCCGCGAGGAGGAGGUGCUGGCGGGCCGCACGGGCGAGGCCGGGGAGGUGGACCUCCACCAGGUAGGCGAGCUGGGCGACGGAUGGGCCGAGUACCUGGAGACGCUCGAGGCGUUCCCGUACGAGAAGUAUGGCAUCGUGGUGGCCCCGGCCGGCAAGGCGGCUCAAUAA